AUGAUUGAACAGCCAACUCUGACCACAAGCCAAGGUGCGGAAGCGCCAAUCGCCAGUUUGGGUAUCCAAGGUGAAGUCUACCCCGACAACAUAAGCCAGGAGGAGGUUGCGGCUCUCAAUCUAGCCUUAAGUAACGCUUGUUCCAAACCUUUUAUCAUGAAGCUUAUCCUGCUUGAUAUCCACGGUAGCAAUACACCGCUAAAAUGGCCCGGCUCUUGGCAUAUGUUAUUUUCCCUCCACCGCAUGCUAUACACUCUCGGUGAAAAGAAAUUCACAGAGUCUAUUAAUCUGCUCGGGCACGACGUCGAGCAGUUGAUAAAAGAGAGUGGAAUAUGCAAACCACCGUGGAUGUCCAUCUUGUGGUUAAUUGAGACUGGUGGAUGGAACCUCCGCAUGGUUGUAGUGGACGAGAAAACCGUCGUUCUUGGAUUGGAACAGGCGAUCUACGUCAAAGGAUCUGCCACACUCAUGGCAUCCGGAAACCUUGUAAAGAUAGUCUAUCCAAUUCCCAGCGCCAUCGAGAGGCUUCGUCAAAAUCCACCUAAGUUACAUCCUCGAGUCGCGAAGCUAAAGACAAAAAGGAAUAAGAUAUCACUGGCGAAAAUCAAAUGGCACGGUAAGGUAGUCCAAACAACUGAGCCUAACUCGUGGGCAGAGGUUACAGCCCUCGGCACGGCAAUGGACCCCGGCUUUCGCCUUGUUCAGGCUGAGCGCAAAGGUUCCCACGCCAAGGAAUACCUUACUCUCUCCAGGAAGGUUCUGGGGUUGAAAAUCCACCGAAUGGAGGAAUAUGGAAAGCUUCAUGGGCUCCCAAUGAUUGUGUACAAGUGCAUCAUCAAGUAUAGGACUUCGGAGCAUCUUAUGGAGUGCCUGGAUGCCCAAGAGGACACGAGGAUGGGGGGAGAUCUUGAAGGAGAGGAUGGGGGCGCUUGGCCCAUUUUUGAAGGGUCACCUACGGACACCUCCAGCUCUUAG